CACAGGAAACGUGUCUGGCUCAAAUUCAUAAAACAAAAUUUCUAAAAUAACUAAUUUUUGUUGGGAGGUCCUAGUGAAAGUUAGCUGCAGAAGGAUAUUUCUACCUUUUGAUAAUUCAUGACAGAUUUGACUUUGUUGUGUGCUGACCAAGAAAAGAAAUUUAACUCUGUAAGAACUAUGAUCCCCAAAGUGAAAAUUUGGGGGACUCUCUUAUCGCUUCUGCCACCAUAUUCUAUACUUCACUCUUCCAUUCUGCUUCUUAAUCUAGAUAAGGGUAUCCAAAAGGAUAAAGAAGGGCAUCUUGCAUGUCUAAGUUCAUAUUUCUCACAAUCCAAAGAUCAAGAAGAUACUAAAGACAAUUAAAUACAACACACAAGCAAAAUGGAGGGUGAGAUCAGCAGCUUCAUCAAGGUCUGGUUAUCUGUCUUGACAUCUCUAUGCUACUGCUACGCCAUUGGCCAGUUGGUUUCGAAAGGAACCAAAAGACUCAUUUUCCUACUUCCGGAUGUGUGUCUCUUUCUCUUCAUCCCUCUCAAUCUCUAUUCGCCGAAUCUUGGUGGUGUGACAGCCUUUUUCAUUGCUUGGCUUGGUAACUUUAAACUCUUACUAUUUGCCUUUGACAAAGGUCCUUUGACUGCACAAACCUCUCUUCCAACUUUUCUGACUGUGGCUUGCCUACCCAUCAAGAUCCAGCGCAACCAACCUUCAAAAUCACAGCUAAAUGGCCAAGUUAAAGAAAACCCAUCAUCAAAAUCACAUCAGAACCACCAUGAGAAAGAAAAUUCAUCUACUAGAAAAUCCAAGGAAGGCGCUGUAAACUAUGCCAUAAAGGGUCUGCUUUUGGUCAUUAUGGUACGAGUCUAUGACUAUAGCGACUACAUGCAUCCGAAGAUCAUAUUGCUUCUUUACGCUAUGCACAUGUAUUUCCUCCUCGAGAUCAUCUUAGCCGUUAGUGCAGCCAUGGCUCGAUCCCUUUCAAGGCUAGAGCUCGAGCCACAGUUCAAUAAGCCGUACCUGUCGACCUCACUACAAGAUUUUUGGGGCAAAAGAUGGAACCUCAUGGUGACCAGUAUCCUGCGCCCCACGGUGUACGAACCUACCCUCCGAUUUUCCUCGACUCUGAUCGGCAGAAAGUGGGCUCCGAUCCCAUCUGUUUUUUCCAGGUUUGUAGUCUCUGCUCUCAUGCACGAGCUAAUGUUCUACUACAUGGGGCGGAUGACUCCCACCGGGGAGGUGACGUUGUUUUUUCUCAUCCAUGGAUUCUUUCUGACAGCGGAGAUUGCUCUGAAGAAGGCAUUGAAUGACAAGUGCCGGCUGCCGCGGCUAGUCACGGGACCGUGGACAGUUGGGUUCGUGCUGGGCACAGGCUUCUGGCUGUUCAUCCCACAGUUCACGCGGUGCAAGGUGGAUGUCAGAGCGUUUGAAGAGUAUGCGGAAGUGGGAACUUUGUUGAAAAAUGCAAGUGAAAAGGUAGUUCGGAUUUUGUCAGCAAAAUAAAAGGUUCUCAGCUUGUAUCUAGGACUCAAGCAAAUGGAAUCCUAAAAGUAGGUAAAAAGAGUUUGUAGCUUUUGGUGUUUCUCACUGUGAAACUUACUAGUCUGACCUAUUUCUUUAGAUUUACUUGUGAUUUCCAGUAUGAUCUAUAGCACAAGUUAAAACACAUAAAACAAUUGAUGUUUCCUUCUCUUGUGUUUAGCUUGUGAGUUUGAAUCCAAAUGGAAAAGAUUCUCGAGAAAAUUGCCUCGAAAAAGGAAGAAUAAUGACUUGACAAAGGAAGUUGAUGAUAUUGAUGGCUCCCUAACAUUGUUGCAACACAGUCAAACAGCUCUAAACAGGGUUAAAGGUUCACUGGAUUGCAGUCUCGUAGAGAUAGAUUGGCAACUGAACACUUCCCAAUUUAAACAUCAGUCAUUGCGAAUAACUUUCAUCAUAAGUAUCUGUUGCUAUACUUUGUAAAAUGUUGGAAUCAUACAGAAUCAUUGAAUAUGUAAUGCUAAGUGUUAUAAACAUGAUGAUUUGUAACAAGAGCCAGAAGGAAAGUGAAAGUCCUUAUAAAAUGUACCAUGUGGAGACUGCAGAAACAGCCCAAGUUAAUCAUUUGGUAGUUGUUUUUCUUAUAUUACCUUGUCCUGACUUUGGGUUAUUAUGCUGAGAUUGAUUUUAUGUGCAGUUGUUGACUUUCUCUAUAUGGAGCUUUUGCAAGGGUUGUCUCAGAUUUGGUCCUAUCUGAGGUGCAGCCAGAAACAUCACCCAGA